AAUGCACUCCGCCUACGUCACUGGGUCGGCCUGUUAGUUUGACAUUUUACGAGAUUGUCGCCAUUGUGAUUUGCAAAACUAGCUAAUUCGUGACGAUGAUUCCUGGCAAUGUUGAUCCACGCAGACCAGACAAAGUCCAGAGGUAUAAGGCCCCACAGGCUAAUGGCAAUGCACCCGUUGAGGAUCUCACACCAGAUUACAUGAACAUUUUAGGCAUGGUCUUCAGCAUGUGCGGUCUCAUGAUGAGACUCAAAUGGUGUGCAUGGGUUGCCCUCUACUGCUCAUGCAUCAGUUUUGCCAAUUCUCGUAUAUCCGAUGACACCAAACAGAUCCUCAGCUCUUUCAUGCUGUCCAUCUCGGCCAUAGUUAUGUCAUAUUUACAGAAUCCGCAGCCGAUGACGCCUCCUUGGGCUACAGCAGUUAACUAACUAUUACCUUGAUUAAUUUCCAUUUAGUCUUAUUUUCAUUUUUUUUUUGUUAGAACAUUCAGAAACCAUGAAUGCGACUUUGUUCACAUGCUAUCUUGUGAAAUGUUGCCUAUUGUUAUCUUGGUUUGAUUUAUUUCAAUUAAAACAGUUUAAGGUUUA